AUGACAAAGAACCGUGUAGGCUACACGAUGCUUCCUAAAGUCGACAUCAGAGAGGCUGCCCGCCCAUCUCCCCACGUCGAGGCCCGAGGGAGCAACCUCCCCAAGCUGCCGUCCAAAAUACAAUUCCACCGCGGAACCUACACUGGCGCCCUCAUCUUCAAUCUUGCUUCCUUCAUCCUCCCUGCCCUGUACGGCACCCUGUCGAAACUAUGGGUCGCCAACAUCGAUUCCUCCCUGGUCGUCACAACAGACGCGUACACCUACAUCGGCGUAGUCGCAGAGACCCUCAACGAAGGCCUCCCACGAGCGGCCUGGGUCAUCAUCGGUGACCAUGCCUCUCGCACCCUCUCACAGCGGCUCCAGUUCUCAAACACGCUCAUUCUCUUCCAGGCCUUCCUGGGUCUCAUAAUGAGCCUGGCAUUUGUGGGAGGGGCGAGGGGUUUCGCCGAUGGCUUCGUGCCCAUCGAGGUCCGCGAGGCAAGCAUCACAUAUGUGCGGAUCGGGGCGUUCAGCGCAUUCAGCUCUUCGAUCGAGACGGCUGUUGCGUCGGCUACCAGGGCGCUCGACCGACCUGACGUCCCACUAAUCAUGAACUCGGUCAAAUUUGCUGUCAACAUCAUCUUGGACCUGCUACUCAUCUCUAAGAUCCACGUUGGCUCCCAUGAGCCCACAGUCAACAUGCAAGCAGGUAUUCAGCUUGCCUGCAACCUGACAUCUGCAUUUAUCGGCCUGGCAUACUUUCUUUGGAGGAAUACGGUUCAAUACCAAAAGGAAAGAGGAAACACUCCACAGGAGUGGACUACAACGAAGCCCCACUCCCGCGCACUCCUAAUCUUGCUCCGUCCCGGCGUCCUGACUUUCAUCGAGUCAGCAAUCCGCAACGCACUUUAUCUCUGGCUG